GUUCAACUGGCCCCCCAGAGCGCGCUGGUUGAUUCGCGCUAGGGGUUUGCAAUUUUGCUCGCACACAGCCUGUCACCCGGCCAGCCCGCUAUUGGGCUUUUUGUACUAGAAAUGAAGAGCUUCAUGCGGAGGGAUGCGCUCGGCGCGGGGCUCCGCGGUGCAGCCAGCACAAAGCCCGUCUCAAGGGUCGCCAGCGUGAGGCCUGCGCCUACCGCCUACCGCACUGCCUGCCAAGUUGCGAAGGUGGAUGAAAUGGUGUCGGUGGAUGAGGAGCUUACUCGUCUCCGCAAGGAGAACGAGCUCCUGCGCGCCCAACUGGCGCUGUACCAGCAGAACCAGCAGCCGUCCGUGGGUGCCGCUGCCGUUGCCCCGCCUGCUGCCGCCACGAAGGUGCUGGAGAAGCCGGCGCCGGCCAAGCAGGCUUCCGUGGAUGGUGGCAUCAUCUGGCCCAAGCCGGGUGAGGCGUUCUGGGAGCGCAGCCCCCGCGCAUCGCCCAUGCCGCUGCAAGGCGGUGCGGCGGAGGCGCCCCCGGUUGAGCGUGACGGUAACCCCAUGCACAUCAUUCACAUCACCGCCGAGAUGGCACCAAUUGCCAAGGUGGGCGGCCUAGGCGACGUGGUGACUGGGCUGGCCAAGGCGGCGCUGGCGCGCGGCCACUUCGUGACGGUCAUGCUGCCGUUCUACGAGUGCCUGCCCAAGGACCAGAUUGAGGGCCUCAAGCACGAAUGCGACAUCGAGGUGCCCAAGGGCUACCGCUGGGACGGCGAGAUCCGCGUGGGCCCGCUCAAGACGUCAGUGUUCUGGGGCCGUGUCCAGGGCUGCCCCGUGUACCUGAUCAAGCCCGCUGACGACACCAACUGCAACAUCUUCCGCGGCGGCCGCAUUUACGGCGGCUCCUACAACGAGAUGGAGGCCUACCUGUACUUCUGCAGGGCCUGCCUGGAGUACCUGAACGUGUCGCAGCAGAACCCGCACGUGUUGCAGCUGCACGACUGGCACGCCGCCGCCGCGUCCAUGCUGUACUGGGACGUGUACAACCCCAACGGCUUCAGUCGCACGCGCCUGAUGCUCACCAUCCACAACCUGGACAACACCGGCGAGACCCGCCAGGACGAGUUCUUCUUCACAGGUGUGCCGGGUGAGAACUUCGCCACCAUUGAUAAGGCGCUGGACGAGCGCACCAUCGGCCACAACCCUGAGCGCCUCAACCUCAUGAAGGGCGGCAUCGUGUACUGCAACGCGGUGACCACCGUGUCGCCUACCUAUGCCAACGAGGUCCUCAACGGCGGCGCGGCUGGCUGGCUGCGGAGCACCUUCGCGCGCCCCGAGCUGCGCUCCAAGUUCCACGGCAUCCUGAACGGCAUUGACUGUGAGGAGUGGAACCCGGCCACUGACGCGCUGCUGCCAGCCAACUUCGACGCCGACCGCCCCGCCGGGAAGGCGCUGUGCAAGGAGUUUCUGCAGAAGGGUCUGGGCCUGGAGGUGGACCCCCGCAAGCCGCUGGUGGCGGUGGUGAGCCGGCUGGUGCCGCAGAAGGGCAUCCACCUCAUCAAGGCCGCGCUGUUUCGCACCGUGGAGAAGGGCGGCCAGUUCGUGCUGCUGGGCUCGGGCCACUCGGACCCGGCCUUCAGGCAGCUGGCUGACGGGCAGUUCAAGGACCACCCCAACUGCAGGCUGAAGAUCAUGUACAGCGAGCGCCUGGCGCACAUGAUUUACGCCGCUGCUGACGUGGUGGUGGUGCCGUCCAUGUUUGAGCCGUGCGGCCUCACGCAGAUGAUUGCGCUGCGCUACGGCGCGGUGCCGCUGGUGCGCCGCACGGGCGGCCUGGCAGACACGGUGUUUGAUGUGGACGGCCCGGCCGGCGGGCCCGCGCAGCCCCGCAACGGCUUCGUGUUCGACGGCUCCGACGACGGCGCGCUGCAUGGCGCCCUGGACCGCGCCCUGACCCUGUACACCACGCAGCCUGAGCGCUGGGCGGCGCUGCAGCAGGACAACAUGCGCCUGGACGUCAGCUGGGGCAAGUCGGCGAAGAGCUACGUGGACGUGUACCGCUCCAUCAGCGCCUGAGCAGGAAGAUUGAGAUGACUCAACAGAGAUUGGAGAAAAGGACGAGGGCGCAGCACGUCCUGCAUAGUGCAAGAGUGCUGCGGGCGCAGUGGCAGCGAAGGAGCAGGCACGGCGUAACGUCACACAUGCACGCUAAUGGGUGUGCCCCGCUGCGGGGACGGCAUUGGUUCUGGGGACCGCUCGUGAGUUCACCUAUUGUUUACUGCUGGCCUGGUCUUCAGACGGGGCUGCAGUGCUUGUAUUAUCAGCAAGGGACUUAUUUUUGCCGGUGGCAUAGUAACGGUACCAUUUGAGAGAGAGGUAUCACAGAGAGGCAUGGCACCGUACAUCCGAUGAUUUGGGUGGGGCGCUGGCGGUUUUGCGGGAGCGCACGACACGCGUUGCGCACAAGUAGCCCGCGAGUUUUGUACCUCGCCUCGAACCACGUUUUUGGGGUGCGUUUGAGGGCGAAACCAUUUUGCAGGGAGAUGAGAGAGGACGAGGUUGGCAGAACGCGGUGGUGCCAUACAUGGAACGAUUGCGCCACCCGUAGGCCAGUGGUACCGUAUCCGCCGGGGAAUUCCGAGCGAGCCUUGUACGUCACGCUUGUACGUAACUCGGUUACUGCGGACACAGAACUUGCUAUUUUUAUAUUUAAGGAAUUCGGCCACUGACGCCGUGGACGCCGCCCCUGCCUUCGUAAGAUACGAGCGC